CCCACGGCACUCUUUCCCGCCGCGCCUCCUGAGAGCACUCCAGAAUGACAUCGAUGAUCAGCACGGACGAUGCUGCUGCGACAAGCCAUGUCGACGCUCCAGUUCCAGUUACGACGAGGGAUCACGGGGAGGCGGCGGGUGUCGCCGGCAAGGGCGCCGCGUCCGCGGAAGAGCAGGAGCAGGCGGCGGCGAGGCGCGACGUCUUCCUGCUGGCCGGGAUCAGGAAGCUCAUCAAGAGCUUCAGGAGCCUGUCCCACAUCUUCGAGCUGUACAAGGACGAGGAGGAGGAGGACGACGACAUCCAGAUCGGGUUCCCUACGGACGUGGAGCACGUGGCCCACAUCGGGCUGGACGGCUCCAGCAGCGUCGCCAGCCUCAGGGGGAUGGACGGGGCCAGGGAGCUCCUCUCCCUCUCCACCAACAUCUCCCUCCAGCAGUUCGAGUUCGCCAUGGCCUCCAUCGCCGCGCAUGACGACCGCAGCGCCGCCAUAGCAGCUAGCCCGUAAUUAUUUACAGUACUUAAUUAAUAACUGGGCCACAACUCGCGCCGCGCACGUACGUUCUACCAGUUCUUCUACGGACCCCCACGGGCGCUGUCUAGCCUACAUGCUCUUCCCGUUUCUGGCCAAUGCUGGCAGUCGCUACCUCAAAACAGGGAUUGGCAGAUGGUGGUUUACAAUGGUUGCCCCGUGGUGUAUAUAAUGUCACCAGUGGAUAUUUUUGUAAUUUCAGACGCCAACUGCUUUGGUGUGGGACGUGAAUGUACAUGGUAUGUCACGCACGGAGAUCUCAACCAUUUUUUUAUCUGCAAAAAAGCAGCUUCCUUAGCUUAA